AUGGCCGCUAAGUCAGACGGGAGGCUGAAGAUGAAGAAGAGCAGCGACGUGGCGUUCACCCCGCUGCAGAACUCGGACAAUUCGGGCUCGGUGCAAGGACUGGCUCCUGGCUUGCCGUCGGGGCCCGGAGCCGAGGACCCGGAGGCUGCUGGGGCCGGCUGCUGCCCGGACGGCGGCGGCUGCUCGCGCUGCUGCUGCUGCUGCGCGGGGAGCGGCGGCUCGGCGGGCUCGGGUGGCUCGGGCGGCGGCGGCCCGGGCGGUGGGGCAGGCUCGGCGGCUCUGUGCCUGCGCCUGGGAAGGGAGCAGCGGCGCUACUCGCUGUGGGACUGCCUCUGGAUCCUGGCCGCCGUGGCUGUCUACUUCGCGGACGUGGGAACGGACAUCUGGCUCGCCGUGGACUACUACCUGCGCGGCCAGCGCUGGUGGUUUGGGCUCACGCUGUUCUUCGUGGUGCUGGGCUCGCUCUCGGUGCAAGUGUUCAGCUUCCGCUGGUUUGUGCACGAUUUCAGCACCGAGGACAGCGCCACGACCAUGGCCUCCAGCUGCCAGCAGCCCGGACCGGAUUGUAAAACGGUGGUCAGCGGUGGGUCUGCAGCCGGGGAAGGCGAGGCUCGCCCUUCUACGCCGCAGAGGCAAGCAUCCAACGCCAGCAAGAGCAACAUCGCCGCCACCAACAGUGGCAGCAUCAGCAACGAGGCCACCCGAACCAGCGGCAAACACAGGUCUGCGUCCUGCUCCUUCUGCAUCUGGCUCCUGCAGUCACUCAUCCACAUUUUGCAGCUCGGGCAAAUCUGGAGAUAUUUGCACACAAUAUACUUAGGUAUUCGGAGCCGGCAGAGUGGGGAGAGUGGCAGGUGGCGGUUUUACUGGAAGAUGGUGUAUGAGUAUGCGGAUGUGAGUAUGCUGCACUUGCUAGCCACCUUUCUGGAGAGUGCUCCACAGCUGGUCCUGCAGCUCUGCAUCAUCGUACAGACUCACAGCUUGCAGGCCCUCCAAGGUUUUACAGCAGCAGCCUCCCUUGUGUCCUUGGCAUGGGCCCUAGCCUCCUACCAGAAGGCUCUUCGGGACUCCCGAGAUGACAAAAAGCCCAUCAGCUACAUGGCCGUCAUCAUCCAGUUCUGUUGGCACUUCUUCACCAUCGCUGCCAGAGUCAUCACAUUUGCCCUCUUUGCUUCAGUUUUCCAGCUGUAUUUUGGGAUAUUCAUUGUCCUCCACUGGUGCAUCAUGACCUUCUGGAUUGUCCACUGUGAGACAGAAUUCUGUAUCACCAAAUGGGAAGAGAUUGUGUUCGACAUGGUGGUGGGAAUCAUCUACAUCUUCAGUUGGUUCAAUGUCAAGGAAGGCAGGACACGCUGCAGGCUGUUCAUUUACUAUUUUGUAAUCCUUUUGGAAAACACAGCUUUGAGUGCACUCUGGUACCUCUACAAAGCUCCCCAGAUUGCGGAUGCAUUUGCCAUCCCAGCACUGUGCGUGGUUUUCAGCAGCUUUUUAACAGGCGUUGUUUUUAUGCUGAUGUACUAUGCCUUCUUCCAUCCCAAUGGGCCCAGAUUUGGGCAGUCACCAAGUUGUGCUUGUGAUGACCCUGCUACUGCCUUCUCUCUGCCUCCAGAAGUGGCCACAAGUACACUACGGUCCAUCUCCAACAACCGCAGUGUUGCCAGUGACCGUGAUCAGAAAUUUGCAGAGAGGGAUGGUUGUGUCCCUGUCUUUCAGGUGAGACCAACUGCACCACCCACCCCAUCAUCUCGACCACCACGGAUUGAAGAAUCGGUCAUUAAAAUUGACCUGUUCAGGAAUAGGUAUCCAGCGUGGGAGAGACACGUGUUGGACCGAAGCCUGAGAAAGGCCAUAUUAGCCUUUGAAUGUUCCCCAUCUCCUCCAAGGCUGCAGUACAAAGACGAUGCCCUUAUUCAGGAGAGGCUGGAGUACGAAACCACUUUAUAAAACAGAAGAAGCCACAAUGUCCACAUGAAGAGAUGACAGCAGGGCUGUGGCAAUAAUGACACUUAAUCUAAGAGUAGGGCAAUGAGCUAUAUGUCCUUAGUCCAAACAUUGUCAUGGUAUGGUUUGAUCUUCCAUUAGCUGACUGCCUGCUGCUGGUGUCCAUUCAAGCCAGCAGUGCUGAGAGUCUCUUACUCCACCUAACGGGGCAAUGCCAGCUUGGUAUGACUGUUGUUACCAAACUCCUCCAGCACAGGCUUGGAGCACAUUCACCGGAGGGUACCAUUAUUAUAAAAAAAAUUGUUGCCUCUAAUCAUUAAGGUAUUUUGAUGGAGUUUACUGAUUUUUGCAUAAAUACGUUCAUAUACACACACACAUACACACACACACCACCACCACCACCAUCACCACCAACAACAACAACACCCCUCUAUCUAAAGAGUUGAGGUGGGGCUGGAAAGACAACCCAGUAGUUAAGAGCACUGACUGCUCUUCCAAAGGACCCAGGUUUGAUUCUCAGCACCCACUUGGUAGCUCACAACUACCUGCAACUCCAGUACCAGGAGAUCCAAUGCCCAUUUUUGGCCUCCUCAGGCACUGCACACACAUGGUGCACAGACAUAUAUGCAGGCAAAAUAACAUACACAUAAAACAAAAAUGAAUCUCAAAAAAGAGCUUAGGUGAUUUCCUUGAUGCAAAACUCAAAACAGACUCCAGAAAGAAAUCAAUAGUGCUUAGAAAGAUUUCAUAAACCAUUUUCUCAUUUGGAAACCAGUAGUAUAUGUGGUGAAGCCUGUGCAGUGGACAGCAAACUCAAGUGUUUACAUGUGUACUAGCAUUGACUGAAUGAUUCUUUUUCUAUACAUUUCAGGAUUUGUUUUUUACUUUAGGUUUUGCAGUUGAGAACAUCCUUUAUGACAGAAAUCCUAUGCAGAACAUGUAUGGCUUUGGAUGAGACCAAGGAGCUCAAUAUCCGUGAUGUAAAUUAAAUGAUAAUCAUAAUUCAGUAUUCAAUUGCAAAAAUACAAUUUAUAUGCAAAGAGCAGUUGGGGGAGGGACAAAAUGAGAGUCAGAUUCUAAGGUGUGUGUGGUUCAUAUUGGAAUGCACCCACAGAGCCACAGGAGAGGGAGGGGCUGUUUCCAGGUGCAGAAUGAGCAUAGUGAGCAGGUGUGAUUUUGGAAACCAUAUGCCACAUCUUUCUAGUGCCAAACUUUGUCCAAUCACAGAACUGAUAUGGAAUCCCCGAAAACAGAGAAUAAGUGGUAUCCCAAAGCAGACAAGAGAAGAAUGAUCAGGUUGUCCGCUGUGUACAGACUUACCUUCUCCCAUCCAAGGUCAAAGUGAUGUGUCUCCUAGAGACUUUGGGACUCCUUUUAACAAGAGGGAGCAUACAGAUGCAAUGUGUAUGCUCUAAGGAAACUGCCUGGACUGCUUGAGGGCUUACCACUCCAUCAGCUAAGAUUUGUAUUCAAAUCAUCUGUAAAGUCGCGCUCUUUCAACAAGCUUCUGAGUUUUAAAUACCUCCGUACAGCAAGUAAACAUUCCCGCUUUCUGUUCUCAGUGUCCUUGGUCAUGGUGCUUUUUGUUGCAUUAAAAGUGCCGGUCAAACUUUGAUAGUAUUUUUUUAUAGUUGGUGCAGAGUGGAAUAACUCAUGGAUUAUUUCAAUAUUUUUGUAAUAAAAAUAUAGGGUGUACAUAUAGGCAUUGUUGCUUUUUUUUAUAGACUUGGAAUUGUUUAAAAUACAUUAAAUGUCAUAUUCACUUGGGAUAUCAGAAUCCAGUCUACAAAUCCAUCAGCCUGCCUCAACAGAUUGAAAACACUUGUCCCUGGUGAGAUUACCUUACUUUUUGCCAUUUGGCGGCCCAGCAACCUGACCAGGGUGCUAUCAGAGAGCAUCAAGUAAAGAGGGAAGUGGCCUAACUAGAAAGGGCUUGUGAAGACUGAUCAAUGUCUCCCAGGAAAUCCAAGAUGUAAGUGAUUUCUUUCAUCUAUCCAUUAGAACAACCUGACCACAGUGGAAGAUGUCUUAAACUUCCUUCCCUGGUUUUAUACUAACCCAGCUGAUAUAUUAAAGAUCAGUCAAGUCACAAAAAAAAGAGAAGGAAGAAAGUCAGUUUCAUUUAAAUAUUCACUCAAAAUAGUCAAGUUCUAGAGCCACCACCCAUAAUGGAUGCGUCAUCCAAAGACUGUGGUCCCCAAAGUGACAUCCACAGGAAGGGACAGAGGGCUCAACCUAGGACUUCUUUUGGUACAAAGCCCCAAAGCAAUUUUUUAAGACAGACAAUUUUUAUCAGACAUAUUUCCUAAUACUCAAUGAUUUGAUCCUUCAAGCAAGAUUUCCACUACAAUACACUAAUCUUCUGUUGGAAUGAAGAAAUACUACCUUGCUACCAGUAAAGCUUCAGAAUAUUCGGCUUCUCAGCAAAUGGUGAACGCAUCCCCUUCCAGUUUAGAAGGAAAUCACAACAAUUUGGGCAGAUACUUUGCUGGUGUGCAGAACCAUGAGCUAUUAACUUCAUUAGUUCUAAGACAACUUUUAACUGAUGAGCUUUGGAGAUUGACUUUCCCAGGUGGUCUGCAGCUCUGAUUCUGAGUGAAUAACAAUGAACGUCAUAAUAGUGUCCAAUCAAACAAGCCAACAGGAGCAUCCACUCUUU